UGAGUGUCGCUUUUCCUUUGCUCACCUUACUAAGACAUGUUGGCAAUAUUACAGAUGCCGUCCAAUGAAUCAUUGAUGAGCUUCUCUAAACUCAUAAUGGUCUGUCAGUAAUAUCCGAUAAUGAUCUGUGCUCAUUACUAUGUUCGUCCGGUGUUAUUGGACAGAAUACACGGGAGGAUAGUAUCAAACUUUGGAGCGCCUGUUCUUCUUUUACUGUUCAAGCUGAAGGCGUACGAAAAGAUUAGCGGGGGAAAGAGUUUCUCCCGGAGGCUUUUAAAUUAGGGAUGGCAUUUCCUUUAAGAAGAUCAGCUUCAGAGCCUCAGCUCAAGGGCAUAGUCACCAAGCUCUACAGCCGACAAGGCUUCCAUCUGCAGCUCCAGGCCGACGGGACUAUCGAUGGCACUAAGGAGGAAGACAGUAGCUACGCUAUUUUCAACCUCAUCCCUGUGGGGCUGCGCGUUGUGGCCAUCCAAGGUGUUCAGACCAAGCUUUACCUGGCCAUGAACAACGAGGGCUAUCUGUACACCUCCGAACACUUUACACCAGAGUGUAAGUUCAAGGAGUCUGUGUUCGAGAACUACUAUGUGACCUACUCCUCCAUGCUGUACCGGCAGCAGCAGUCUGGCCGUGGCUGGUAUCUGGGGUUUAAUAAAGAAGGCCACAUCAUGAAGGGCAACCAUGUGAAAAAGACUAAACCAGCCGCUCACUUUAUCCCCAAACCUCUGAAAGUUGCCAUGUACAGAGAACCUUCUCUCCAUGACCUGAGCGAGUUCUCCCGGUCAGGAAGUGGCACUCCUACCAAGAGCCGCAGCGCCUCAGCCAUGCUCAACGGCGGCAAGACCCUCAGCCACAACGAGUCGACGUAACCGUGGGAUCUGGCCACGGCCCACGGCUGAACAACCAUUGACAAUUCAGCACAACAGCGU